UCCAGUAGGUGGCGGUAAAGCGUCCAGGCGUUUGAAGAAGAAGAAAUGUACUUCCGGUUUCAUUCAGGAAACACGUGGGUCUUUCCCAGCCACCGGUGAGGCAACUUCAACAAAACAAAACGUGAAGAAAAGAUGGCUGAAGCUGAGCAGGAGAAAAGCCGAGGGUUGAAGUUUGCAGAGCAGCUGCUCCUGAGUCACGGCUGGGAACGCGGUAAAGGACUUGGCCGAGCGGAGAACGGCAUAUCAGAGGCCAUCAAGGUCAAGGUCAAAUGUGACAAAGGAGGGAUCGGCCACAGAGAAGGAGAGCAGUUCAGCUUCCACUGGUGGGACCACGUCUUCAACAAAGCCUCCUCCAGUCUGCAGGUGGAGGCCAGCCAGAAUGGAAUCAAAUUGAAAAAGACGUCUGAGGAAGGUGAGGAAGAGGAGGGAGCGAUCUCCAACAAAAAGCCUCGGAAAUCCCUGCAGAACAAAUCCAAACUGUACGGUCGCUUUGUGAAGUCGGCCACGCUGCUGUCCGGUCAGGAGGAGCCGGAGCCGAAGGCCCCCAGUUCAGACAGCAGCAGCUCAGAUGAGGAAGAGGAGCAGAAACUGGAUCUGUCCAGCAGCACCAGACUUUCAGACGCUGAUCUGAUGAAGGUUUGUGGAGGACGAACGGCUCACAAAGGCGCGCGGCACGGUCUGACCAUGAGCGCCAAGCUGGCCAGACUGGAGCAGCAGGAAGCAGAGUUCCUGACCAAAUAUGGAAAGAAGAACCAGACAGGAAGUUCUCCAGCAGUUUGUGACACAGCGACUCAUCCGGAGGAGACGAGCCACAAGAAGAAGAAGAAGAAAUGCACAGAGAGCUGUGGUGAACUAAACGGUGAUGAAAGUCCUGAAACACGUUUUCAAGCAGAGAAGAAGAAAAAGAAGAGGAAAGAUAAAAUGGAGGGAAGAAGAGAGGCAGAAGAAGAAGAACUGAUCUUUGGAGGAAACAUUGAGGAUCAGAAAGAAGAUGGAGGAAAUCCGUCUGCUGAGGAAACUGAGCCGCUUCCCUCUGACUGCAACAGGAAGAAAAAGAAGAAGAAGAAAUCUGCUCAGCAUGAUGCUGACCCUGCAGAAACUGGGCGCAGUCCUGAAGAAUCCAGCCAAUUAGAUCACAGAUCCCAGCAGAAAACAGAGGUUAUCAUGGCAACAGAGAUGCAGAGAAGGAAAAAAAGCAGAAAGGACAAAUCAGUGAUGGAGAAACCUGCCGACGACGAGGAGCUUCCUCCAAAGAAGAGGAAGAAGAGGAAGAAGAGCGAUGGUGGAUCAAACUGAGGCGCCGGUUCUGACCUGUAGACCUGGAACUACUGUCCGGUUCUGAUACCUGAACCCGACCCAAGCUAACGGGAGAGAGCCUUCAGAACCAGAACCUUCAGAACCAGUUUAAUGGUUUUUAUCUCUGCUGGUAGAAAGUGAAGCUGCUUUUCUCUGCAGGUUUUUUUCUGUUUCCUGGAUUUUUAACGAAUCAUCAGAAUGAAAUCUGGAGUUAAAAUGAAUGAAAAAUGAAUUUUACUGAUGGAAACAUCUAGAAAAUGUUUAGAUUUAUGAAAUAAAUGUGAAACUUUCUGAUGAAAUUAAUUUUAUCCUCACUAAGCAUCAAUAAUUUGCAUGAACCUCAUUUGUUUUAGCAACAUUUCCACCAAAAAUUAAUAAGAUUGAUUAUAAAAUAUGAUCAACUGGAUUCAUAAAAACUAGUCUUUUUUGCUUAUUCAGGUUUAGAUGCAGUUUUUUUUAUAACUGGAAUGAGGGACUGGAAUAAAACCCAUUAAUUAAUAAUCCACAAUCGGCAUCAGUGCUGGUUUAGUUUAAAUGCCUUUUUGUGUCAUGAUUAAAUAUUGUAUAUAAAUAUUAUAACACCUGUGCCAGGUGUUGAUAACUUUCAGCGUACUGAUUCCUGUGGGCCGGCCUAGUCAAAGUCCAGGGCUGUUUGUAGUCUCAGUCUGUCUCUGCUGGAGCCUGUUGGUGUGUGAGGGGAACCGACCCGACCCGAUCCGACCUCAGUCAGAGUCAAACAGGUUCCAGUUUUCUGAGGCAGAUCUGGACCCAGACAGGCUGAAACACGACAUCAAUAAAUGAGUUUUAUUAUUUUAUCUGCAGAUAAAAAUUAUGAAGCUAAAACAAGCAAACAAAUCAUAAACUAGCUGAUUACAAUCAUGUAGUGACAGAAAUCAAUCAGAGGCAAAAACAUUUCAAACUAAUGUAACCAGGUGAAAAAUGGGUACAUGUCAAAUGUAUUUUGUAAACCAUGUUUUGCUUUUAUUUCACCGACUGGUUGUAAUUCUUGUUUUUGUCAGCAUGUGGUGCUGUUGUUACAGAGAGGUCUAAAAUUACCGGAAGUAGAAAAAACCUCGUUUAUGUACUGUGGCACUAACUGGUAAAACGGAAGAGAAGGACAUUUUUUGAUCCGAGACCUGGUGGAGAAGAGACUCUAUGGCCACAUGAGAGAAGAA